AUGCGGCUGUGCAACAAGAAGCUCCCGGCGGCGCGGCGGCGCUGCGCGGUGCUGCUCGGCUCCCUGCUGCUGGCCGCCGCCGUGGCGCUGCGCGGAAUCGCCCUACCCUGCCGCGACGCCCAGCCGCGCUGCCGGGACCGCCUGUACGGGGCGCUGCGCCUGGAGCCCCGCUGGAAGCUCGACUGCGCGGGGGUGGUCCGCGGGGACGAGGAGGCGGUACGGGACGCCCUGGUGAGCAACCUGGAGGUGAGGAACAAAAGGCAACCCCUGAGCCCCGAGGAGUACCUGAACAUGACGAAGGACUGCCGCAGCUUCAAGGAGGGCCGGCGCUACAUCGAGUUCCCGCUGAGCGAGGAGGAAGCCGACUUCCCCAUUGCCUACUCCAUGGUCAUCCACCACAAGAUCGAGAUGUUCGAGCGGCUCCUGCGCUCUCUCUACGCGCCGCAGAACGUCUACUGCGUCCACGUGGACGGCAAGGCUCCCGCCGCCUUCCAGCAGGCCGUGCGGGCCAUCGCCGCCUGCUUCCCCAACGUCUUCGUGGCCAGCCGCCUGGAGAGCGUGGUGUACGCCUCCUGGUCCCGGCUGCAGGCCGACCUCAACUGCAUGCAGGACCUGCUGCGGAGCCCCGUGCCCUGGCGCUACAUCCUCACCACGUGCGGCACCGACUUCCCCAUCAAGACCAACGCGGAGAUUGUCCGCGCGCUGCGGGUGCUGCAGGGGCAGAACAGCAUGGAGUCGGAGAAGCCGACGGCCUACAAGCGGGAGCGCUGGAAGUACCAGCACCUCGUGAAGACCUCCAUCUCCCGCACGGCCACGGAGAAGUCGCCGUCGCCGCUGCCCUCGCCGAUGUUCACGGGCAGCGCCUACAUCGCGGCCACGCGGGCCUUCGUGCGGCACGUGCUGGAGGACCCCGCGGCGCGGCGCUUCCUCGAUUGGGCCAAGGACACCUACAGCCCCGACGAGCACGUGUGGGCCACGCUGAACCGCGCGCCCGGCGUGCCCGGCGCCGUGCCGUACAGCGACAAGUUCCAGACGUCCGACAUGAACGCGCUGCCCCGCCUGGUCAAGUGGCAGUACCUGGACGGCGACACGAGCCGCGGAGCGCCCUACCCGCCCUGCACCGGCCGCUUCCAGCGCAGCGUCUGCGUCUACGGGGCCGGGGACGUGGCCUGGAUGCUGCGGCAGCGCCAACUCCUGGCCAACAAGUUCGACCCCGAAGUAGACGAUGCGGCCAUCCAGUGUCUCGAGAGCCACCUGCGCCGUAAGGCGCUCCUCGGCCGGGGGCUGUGAGCGGACCGCGGGCGGGGAUCCUUCCGCGACCCCCGAGGCGAAGGGUCGGCGCGCUCCGAGCGCGGGAGCGGCGGUGCUGUGGGGCGGAGGGGCCGGGACUCCGCCCGCCGCUGCCGGCUCCACACAGAGGCGGCCCCGGAGUUCUCCGGCGGCCGUCGUAAGCGGACGAGCGCGCUGUUUUUGCACUCCGCGUGCCGUCUGCUCGCAGAAGUGACGCCGAAGGUUCGCUGUUAGGUCACGAGACGAGCUGAGGCGAUGCAAUUAAUCGGACUGCCCGGCUGAACAUCGGCUGCUGCACCUGUUUCGGUCGCUCGGGAGCCCUCUGACUGCUAGCCGUAGCAAAAGUGCCGCAAGAGCUCCUGGGUGCUCCGUGCCCUGUACUCACCUGAGGAAAGCUGGCUGUGCCCUCCAGCCCUUCUGCACCUGCAGCACAGGCACAGGACAGCUGUGUGGAGAGUAGUGCACAGGCCCACCUUGUCUGCCUCCUUCCUGCCUUUUUCCUCCACCCAGAGAUUAGUUUUAUGCAGUGCUCUCCACAGUGUAACUGCCACAUCCAGGGGUGUGCUGGGCCUUAAGAAGAACAAAAACAUCCAGUGCAUUCUUUUUUUUACUUGAAGUUACUAUGAGCUAGUUACUGAAGUUACUGUAAGUUGGUCAACUUUUGUAUCUCACCACAGGCGCUUCACCCAGCUCUCCUUAAGGCCAGCUCCUUCCACACACCCAGCACAUCCUCACAGAGAGGCCGAGAGUUUAAUUCAGUUGCCUCUGUGCUGGUAGCAUUUUUUCCUUAAGAUUUUCUAAUCAGUGAACACUUUCAUCUUUAUAAAUUCAGCGUCUCGUGUGGGGAAUGACCAUCAGCCAAAGAACAUCAUCUAAAUGUAGCGAGCUGCUGAUUUCAGAAGCUCAAUUAUGACCAAAGCCGCGCAGUUCUUGGAAACACUGAUUUAAGAAAGAAGUGAUUAAAUGACUGACUUAACAAGGUGUGCUGCUGUAAUUUUGUUGGACAUUUUAAAAUGAAAUGAUAAAUGCUGAUUUUUGAAAUGGCGCAGUGAAGCAGCAGUGAUUGCUGUAGGCAAAAAAGGCAAGACAAGCUGUCAAAUUAACAA